UACGGCCGAAACAGACCCAGUCAACACUCGUAGGUCAAGCCGCACGAAGAAGCUUCCAGCACGCUUUGAGGAUUAUAUUAUGUAGUUAUUUAGUGUGCAGUUGUUUGUAAUUAGUGCAAGUAGUGGUUCCUAUUUUCAUGCUAUCAUGUACGUAGUAUGUAUUUAAACUGUACUGGGACAUCAUCUCAGGUAGCCUGAUAUAUUACGACAACUUAUCCCUUCCAUUUCUUAAAUUCUUCUAGAGUUGAUCCCUUGCUCAAAAGAGGGAAUUCUACUAGUCUGUAUCACUGGUGCUUUCAUUGAGAGUUAACCACCAUGCCUGACAAACCCAACACUUCAUUCGACCCAACUACGAUCUUCCAGCUGCUUGAAAAUUUGCAGACUCAAAUUGGUGAACAGUUGGCCACCCAGGAAGCAAGAUUGCAGGGCCAAUUGGGAGAGCAAAUCACUGCCUUAACCGCUGCCUUAGAGGCAAAGUUACAAAUGUCUACCGGAAAAGACACGAGCUUACAACUGCGAAACGAAGGCCAAGGGACGGGGUAUUCCAAUCGCAUGCCCACCAUGAAGCUGGACAUACCCAAAUUUGACGGUCACGACCCACACGAAUGGAUAUUCAACAUCCAAGAGUACUUCGAUUUCCACAAAACAUCGGAGGAUCAACGCUUGCAAAUCGCCGGAUUUUGUUUGGAAAAAGAAGCUUCAGAGUGGUACCGUUGGACCAGGAGAAACAAUUUAAUUUUUGGGUGGCAUGAUUUUCUGGAAAAGGUACAACAACGCUUCGGCACUCACCAGUUUAUAGAUCAUCAAGCGGAAUUGGCAAAGCUCACGCAGAGGGGAACAGUGACUGAUUAUCAGUCUGAGUUUGAAAGACACAUGAACAAGGUAACCGGCAUACAAGAGUCCUUAUUAAUUUCAUUCUUUAUUGGCGGACUGAAACCACAGUUAAAACGGGAACUCUUAAUUGCAAAACCAAAAUCCUUGUUAGAAGCUUUCAAAUUAGCAAAGGCCUUCGAAGCACGUAAUGAAGACAACUUGCGGGAGAGCCUUCACUCGGUCAAAGGAUGGAGUUUCAAGACAGCCACUAACCUUCCAGACAAACUUGUGGAGUGUAACACAUCAUUGGGAAAUGCAAGCGGACACACUGCCACUGUGACAAACAAAGGACUAUUACCUACACCAACCACACCCAUUCGGAGGAUGAGCGCGACAGAGGUCCAAUCUCGUCGGGAGAAGGGCCUAUGUUUCUAUUGUGAUCAAAAGUAUUCUCCGGGUCACCGGUGCAGAAGCAAACUCCAGCUCCUUAUUGGAGCCGAUUCUGAUGAUGAGGAACCCUUCCACAACGAACAAUUGCAAGAAGAACCGGGGGGGUACCGAAGUCGAGAUUGCAGGUGACAUUUCGGCACUAAACACACUGUCCGGUCAAGGUACUCCAUGUUCCUUGAGAAUUUGGGGUAAUGUUGGGAAGAAAAAAUGUUUAACCAUGAUUGACAGCGGAAGCACACACAAUUUCAUCAAGCCGUCAGCGGUGGAGCAGCUCCAAAUAUCUACCCAAGCAAUCCAACCUUUCAAGGUUUCUGUGGGUAAUGGAGACACACUUUCAUGUCAACAUUACUGUCCCAAUGUAGCCCUCAUCUUGCAAGGUACUACGUUCCAUAUAGACUUGCAUGUUCUUCCUAUAGCCGGACCCGACAUUGUUUUGGGGAUACAGUGGUUGCAAGGAUUGGGGACAAUAGCACAUGAUUAUUCAAAUUUAACUAUGAAAUUCAAAUAUGAAGGUAAGUUGAUUACGCUUAAAGGGGAAACUACUCUGAAUCCACAACCAGUAACUUUUGCACAGCUAGAAACUCGUGUGCCAUCUGAUGAAGUGGACACUCUAUAUGUUCUAUAUCAAUUGCCUCCCGAGCAGCCGCCAGAAAAUAAACCUCCUCAACCUCCAGGACAACUAGCCCUACCCUCUCACCUUACAGACUCUUGCAAGGAACUGCUUCUUGAGUUUUCAACCAUAUUCUCCCCUCCUAAAUCCUUACCACCAAAACGACCAUUUGAUCAUCAUAUACACCUUUUACCUAACACCAAACCCAUAAAUAUUCGCCCUUACCGCUAUCCCCAUGCCCAAAAGAAUGAAAUGGAGAGGCUUGUGCAAGAAAUGUUGGAACAAGGAAUAAUUUGGCCUAGCCGAAGUCCAUUUUCGUCUCCUGUGUUGCUGGUUCGAAAAAAAGAUGGAACCUAUAGAUUUUGUGUAGAUUAUAGGGCCUUAAAUGCUGCCACGGUUCGGGAUAACUUUCCCAUUCCCACUGCCGAUGAGUUGUUUGACGAAUUGGGAGGAGCGACUAUAUUCACCAAACUGGAUUUGAGGGCAGGAUACCAUCAAAUCCGUGUUCGUGCUCAUGACGUGCAUAAGACAGCCUUCCGGACUCAUGAUGGGCACUUUGAGUUCCUAGUCAUGCCUUUUGGGUUAACAAAUGCUCCUGCCACCUUCCAAGCGGCCAUGAACGCCAUUCUUGCUCCUUACUUACGGAAGUUUGUGACAGUAUUUUUCGAUGAUAUUUUGAUCUAUAGCAGGUCACAUGAAGAACAUUUGGGUCACCUGAGACAAGUGUUGUCCUGCUUACUCUACCACGAGUUUUACUUAAAACUCGCCAAAUGUGUGUUUUGUCAAGAAUCCACAGAAUACUUGGGGCAUAUCAUCACCAAGGAAGGGGUUAAGGUCGAUCCGAAUAAAAUUGUUGCUAUUGAGUCAUGGCCAAUUCCGAAAACAGUACGUCAGCUGCGUGGAUUUCUGGGUUUAUCAGGGUACUAUAGACGUUUCAUUAAGGGAUAUGCAACCAUUGCGUCACCACUCACUGAUUUGCUGCAAAAAGAUAAAUUCAUAUGGUCCGCUAGUGCCACCCAAGCUUUCCAGGACUUGAAAAUGGCAUUUACUACAGCCCCUGUCUUGUGUUUACCCAAUUUUUCCUUGAAAUUUGUGGUGGAGACAGACGCAUCAAAUGUGGGUAUUGGAGCUGUCCUCAUGCAACAGGACCAUCCCAUCUCCUAUUUCAGCAAAAAAAUUGGCCCAAAACUGCAGACUGCCUCAACCUAUAUUCAAGAACUAUAUGCCAUCACGGAAGCGGUGCGCAAAUGGCGUCAAUACCUUCUAGGAAGUUCAUUUAUCAUUAGGACAGAUCACCAAAGUCUCAAGACCUUAUUCUCUCAUGUGAUUUUGACUCCAGAGCAACAUAAAUAUGUUGACAAACUUCUAGGCUUUGAUUUUCAAAUUGAAUUCAAGCCCGGAAAGGAUAACUCAGCGGCUGAUAGUCUCUCUCGAAUCCAUGAGCAUCCAGUUUGUUUAUUAUUAGCAAGCAGACCUACUCCAGAAUUUUUGGAUGUACUGCGUGCAGAGAACCAAACUUUCAAUGAUUUACGCCAUUUGCAUACACAAUUGGAGGCUGGAGCACUUCCUUCGGAUUAUACUACGAAUAAUGGUGUACUGCUAUAUAAAAGGAGGUAUUAUCUCAGUCCGAACUCAUCUUUAAUUGAUGAUUUAUUGCAUGAUUUCCAUUGUUCAAAGAUGGGAGGCCACACGGGACCAAAGCGCACUCUAGUGAAGCUAGCUUCCAUCUUCUACUGGCCUCACAUGCGGCGCACAGUGGAUGAGUAUGUAUCGUCUUGUCUUACCUGCCAACAGACCAAGUAUAUCACUAAGGCUCCGGCAGGCCUCUUGCAGCCCCUACCCAUUCCAGAACAGGUGUGGAAUGAACUCACCAUGGACUUUAUUGUGGGGUUACCUGUGUCGCACGGAUUUUCUUCUAUCAUGGUGGUGGUGGACCGUCUUACUAAAUUUGCCCAUUUCGGCGCUCUUCCAGCAAAGUUCAAUUCCAUCAGGGUAGCCCAUCUGUUUAUUGACAUUGUAGUGAAAUUACAUGGCUUCCCUAGUAUUUUAAUUUCAGACCGGGAUCCCGUCUUUAUGAGCAAGUUUUGGGAAAAACUUUUUGAGUUGAGUGGCUCUAAGUUGAAGCAUAGUACAGCUUAUCAUCCACAAACUGACGGUCAAUCCGAGGUGGUUAACCGAGGCUUGGAGCAGUACUUGCGUGCUUUUGCAAUGGAGAAGCCCAUUACUUGGUUUGAUUUUUUGAGUUGGGCUGAAUUUUGCUACAACACAAGUCACAAUGAGAGUAUUGGAAUGACCCCUUUUCAGGCUUUGUAUGGACGUGCUCCCCCUAUUAUUCCCCGUUACACCCCCAAUUCCACAGAUAUCCAAGCUCUUGAUUCCUUACUCACUGAGUGUGACAACAUAAUGCAUGUGUUGAAGGAAUCCUUACGACAGGCUCAACAUCGUAUGGUGCAGAAGGCUAAUAAGCAUCGUCGUGAGGUGGUAUUCCAGGAAGGUGAUCUAGUUCUCCUCAAGUUACAGUCAUUCCGUCAGAACUCGGUGGCUCAUAGGCAGUCAUUUAAACUGGCAAAACGAUACUUUGGUCCCUUUAGAGUGCUCGAACGUGUAGGACAUGUUUCUUACAAGUUAGACCUUCCCCCAGGUGCACGCAUUCAUCCUGUCUUCCAUGUCUCCUUGCUUAAGACCUUCAAAGGCCCUGUUAAGGAAUCCCCUCCCACUCUGCCGGCGGACCUGCUUGAGGAGUGUCCAAAUUCUCCCAUCACAGUUUGCGGGACACGACGCAUUCUUCGACAUGGCCGUUUGGAACCUCAGGUCCUGGUUCAUUGGCCUGGGAGUUCCCAGGAUGACGUAUCUUGGAUGGACAAACGCACACUUGACGAAAUGCUUCCCAACUUACACCUUGAGGACAAGGUGCCAAUUGAAGCGGGGGAGAGUGAUACGGCCGAAACAGACCCAGUCAACACUCGUAGGUCAAGCCGCACGAAGAAGCUUCCAGCACGCUUUGAGGAUUAUAUUAUGUAGUUAUUUAGUGUGCAGUUGUUUGUAAUUAGUGCAAGUAGUGGUUCCUAUUUUCAUGCUAUCAUGUACGUAGUAUGUAUUUAAACUGUACUGGGACAUCAUCUCAGGUAGCUUGAUAUAUUACGACAACUUAUCCCUUCCAUUUCUUAAAUUCUUCUGGAGUUGAUCCCUUGCUCAAAAGAGGGAAUUCUACUAGUCUGUAUCAGCAUACCCUAUAAUUAG